AGCUGUUUUUUAUGGGGGGGAGCUGUUGCAGCAAUUGUGUGUGUAGAAUUGUGAUUGUUUGAAAAGCGGUAGUGGGUCCGCUUUUCUUUUUGUGUCAAUACGGAGAGUUGUCCUCUUUUUCGUGUGCAUUGACUCGUUUUGUUUCCUGCUUUUCUUGGUCCGUUUCGUUUGUAGAAUGUAAGUAGAAGAAUUAAUUGCAAAGAAUCAAGAAUAUAUUAUAUAUUGCUGGAAAUGGAGCCUUUUCGGAAUUCCGUCGGCGAUGUUGGUGCCGUACGAGAUUAUAGAAGUCCUCGGUUACUAGCAGGUGUUGGUGUUGCAUCUACCUCGAUCACCGGUCCCCCCGGCCUCGCACCCGCCAUCGCGAAGGAGAAAGUCUGGUUUGGGCACGAGUCGCCGUCUUCCUCGGGUGGUCGGACCAUCGACAGUCGAGCGUUCGUAGACCACGGCUUUCAGCACCUUGUCCCAGCAUCGGAGCAAGUGCUGUCGUACAACGCGAUGCCUUACGAAGCUGCGGCUGUUUCUGUUGAACCACAGCAGCAAUUCAUUGCCAUUGAUCCGCGCAUGCUCUAUUUCCAGGAGGGACACAACGGCCCGUUUCGCCCGCUCUUGCGCCGGCCGGCGGGAUGCGAAGAAGCCGAAACUUGGUACGGUGCGAAUCGGGAGGACGAGCGAACUAUCGCGACCACGGAACGAAGUGCGACGCAAAGCAGCAGCUUGUGGCACCGACGGAGACCACAAGGGCAGGUAGAACAUGCUGAUGGCUGUUCCGCCGCGCGAAUCCCGGCGAUCGAAGCGCAGACCGACAGUUUUGACGCAGUCGCAGUUUCCAGGGCCACAGUCGUAGACCAACGCAAAUCUCGGAUCGAGAAUCAGGUUCGCUAGUUGAAGAAAAACAACCUCCUUUCAACUGAUGUUUUUUUAAACCUGGCAGCUGGCAUUUCAUGUGGAAGUAGAUUUUCACGGUUGCGGGACACUAAUGAACCCAGUUCGAUCAUUGUCUUCGCACUUUCAGUCACACAAGCAAGAAUGUUUUGUGUAGUUUAGAUUUGUUGCAUUUAAAACUAUUCCACACACAGGGUCCCUUUGAACAGGACAUGCAGCGCAUCAUUCGCGAAAGCCUCAGCAGCUGGCGUCGAGCCCGGGAGCGAGCCUUUCUGCUGGCCGUCGAACGCGAUAUGAUCAUUUCGCUGAAGGUACUACAACUUUGCUGCAAAUAACACUCUUUUUGCGGAAGAUUUGACAGUGCCCUGGCAGUUUGUUACUCGCUCCCCUAGAAGCUGCUGCGAUCACGCAUGUGGUGUUUGCUACAUUGAAAACAGACGAAGAACAUGCGGGGAUUUCGGGUCCCCGGGAAGUGGACGAAGUACAACCGGAUGCUUUGUCACCGGCUGGCAGAGUGGCACGGGUUCGUCUGCGAAGUUGAAAUUCCGAAGGACGCCGAGUCGCAAUUUCACCGCGAGCUUGGCCUGAACAUGCUGAAGCAGCCGGGCUCCAAGUGCCGCGAGCCUACGGUGUUCACACUGGCGACGCAGAUUUGCGGUGGGUCCUACUUCACGCAACUCGGAGGCGCCAAGUCCCGGGGCGGGUUGUGGGGGUCUCCGCUGUGGCUCCACGGCGAUCCAGGCUCGACGUUUGCGGCACCGGUAGCAGGAGAUCGGGAGAGUUGUGCUGCGCCCAUCCCACAAGACCACGCAGCUGUUGAGAAGCAGCACCACGGCAGAAAUUCGCGGGGUGGUUUGGGCUGGCGGGAGAUCAACAGUAGUGUGGACUACGGCAAGGUAGGCAAGAACGCGAGCGUCACCACCUGUAGUAAUUACAGUAAGAAAGCAAGCUACGGGUCCUCGUUUCACCAGCAGUCGCAGUUUCAGAUUCAGCGAAGGAAGACCCGAGGCCACGGCCUGCCCGUGCACUCUGUCUCUUCCGGGAAUACGACCGCCUGUAGUAGUGAUGACCAGGAAGGCGAUGGGGAAGUGACGCCGACGCACCCGGACGACAAUGAGGUCCCGGACAACUGGCACAGCGGGCGAGCAGCCGCGGGACACCAAAAAAAACAGGUUGAACUCCACCGGCAGCUGCACGUCGGUGAUCUGGGAAAAAUGAGAAGCAGAAAUAGACAUCAGGCAGCUUCCUAUCUCCCCGCCAGGCAACCGACGCAGACCAAAAAGACAACAACGACGGAACAAGCUGAACAAUCGCCAACCGCGGAGCGUGGGCAGACCGCGUCUUCAUCUUCAUACAGAGAACGACGGGUCCAGGCAGAAGUCGCUGUCGUCGACCGAGCUGCGACACCAGCAACUAGUACAGAUGUUGUGCGUAGCACGACGGGGAUGCGUGACAUCGAGGUCUCCUGGGGCAGUUCCAGCUUCUACGCGCAGACCAUCCUGCGCUUGCUGUUCCUUCUUGCAGGAUUGUGUUCCUUCGCCAUGGCGUUCCCUUGCUUUUGCUAUCGGUGGUAA